GCAGACGGCCUCGCAGGCGGGUGGCGGCGGCCGCGCUGGCUGCUGAGGGCGGGAGCGAGUGAGUCACUGCGCGCGUGUGAGGGAGGGAAGGAGAGAGCGAGCGAGCGAGCAGCCCGCGCCCGCCGCCCUCCCGCAGCUCCCGCCAGGCCCCUCGCCGCCGGCUGCCCUUCACCCAGAGCCCAGGCCGGGCCGAGCCGGGUCGGGUCGGGCCCGGGCCAUGCUGCUCACCGUGUACUGUGUGCGGAGGGACCUCUCCGAGGUGACCUUUUCCCUCCAGGUCGACGCCGACUUCGAGCUGCACAACUUCCGCGCGCUGUGCGAGCUCGAGUCCGGCAUCCCCGCCGCCGAGAGCCAGAUUGUCUACGCAGAAAGACCUCUCACCGACAACCACAGGUCAUUGGCUUCGUAUGGCUUAAAAGAUGGCGAUGUUGUAAUUCUACGACAGAAGGAGAAUGCAGACCCUCGCCCUCCAGUGCAGUUCUCAAACUUACCCCGGAUCGACUUCAGUAGCAUAGCUGUGCCUGGUGCGUCAAACCCCCAACAGCGCCAGCUGCCCAGAGCACAGGCUCAGCACUCAUCUCCUGGGGAAAUAGCAUCGUCUCCUCAAGGCUUAGACAAUCCAGCCCUCCUUCGAGACAUGCUGCUGGCCAACCCGCAUGAGCUGUCCUUGCUGAAGGAGCGUAACCCACCCUUGGCAGAAGCUCUACUCAGUGGAGAUCUUGAGAAAUUUACUAGGGUCCUGGUGGAGCAGCAACAGGACAGAGCCCGGAGAGAACAAGAAAGGAUUCGUCUGUUUUCUGCUGACCCCUUUGAUCUGGAAGCACAGGCAAAGAUAGAAGAGGAUAUAAGGCAGCAGAACAUCGAGGAGAACAUGACGAUAGCUAUGGAAGAGGCCCCGGAGAGCUUCGGCCAGGUCGCCAUGCUCUAUAUCAACUGCAGAGUGAAUGGGCAUCCUGUGAAAGCCUUCGUUGACUCAGGUGCCCAGAUGACUAUUAUGAGCCAGGCUUGUGCAGAAAGGUGUAACAUAAUGAGACUGGUGGACCGUCGGUGGGCUGGCAUUGCCAAAGGAGUGGGCACACAGAAGAUUAUUGGAAGGGUGCAUCUAGCUCAGGUUCAGAUUGAAGGCGAUUUCCUGGCGUGUUCCUUCUCAAUUCUUGAAGAACAGCCUAUGGACAUGCUUCUGGGACUGGACAUGCUUAAACGGCAUCAGUGUUCUAUUGACUUGAAGAAAAAUGUACUGGUGAUUGGCACCACAGGCUCACAGACCACCUUCCUUCCUGAAGGGGAGUUACCAGAGUGUGCCCGCUUGGCAUAUGGAACUGGGCGAGAAGACAUACGGCCAGAGGAGAUUGCAGACCAAGAAUUAGCAGAAGCCAUUCAAAAAUCAGCAGAGGAUGCAGAGAAAAGCAGUAAAGAAUCUACCUCACUGGGAAUGUCAUCAUUGCCAACUUCAGAUGGAUUCAACCAUCCAGCCCCUUCUUCAGGGCUGAGUCCUGAGGUUGGCAGCCCUACGAGUCUUGCUCGCUCUGUCUCUGCUUCAGUCUGCGCCAUCAAGCCCAGUGACCCCAAUAGCAUUGAGUCUAUAGCUAUGGAGGCUAUGAAGGCUUCAGCUGAAUUCCAGACAGACUCUAAGAAAACAGAUCCUUCUCCUCCUCUACAGGAUCUUCUUGAUCUUGCUUCCUCAGCAGACCAGAGUCCAGCUAUGCCUUUGCAUAAUUCACCUGAAGAAGCAUUUGUUGCAGGCAGUGUGGAGAAAUCUGCUGAAAGAAGAACGCAGGACCUCAGAGUUUAUCUCCACACGAGACAGGACGCUAGUUUAUCUCUCACAACUACUGGGAUGCAUGAGCCACAGGUAUUUGUGGAGGAAAAGAGUUGGCUUUCAGAAAAUCUGAACCCAAGCCAAGUAAAUGGCCUUCAGCACAGAGAGGCAGGGAAUGUGCAGUGUGAGGUUGGACAGCAGAGUGCUCCACAUGACCAGGUAUGUCUCUGUGACACGGAAGACCUUGAGCUUCAAGAGGAAAAUGAACAGGACCAAGAAGAUAUUGUCAAUUUGGAAGCUGUGUUGAAAGGAGAUGAACUACAGACAAAUACUCAUCUUGCAAGUGCAGAGGAAAAUCUUCUGGCUUCAGGACACUGCAGCUGCUCAUGCUCAGAAACCCUGAUGGAAGUAGAGACGGUUGAACACUCUCUGGUUGCUGUGUGCAGUUCAACAGGCAGGCAGAAUACUAUCAUCAAGAGCCCUGAUGUAUCACAUCCCACUUCAGAUAAUCCCUGGAUAGAAAUGGAAACAUCACAGUGUAACCCCUCCUGUGAACGUGUGGAACACUCCAUCUCAACACAGGAUUUGCAGCCCCCAGAAGAUAACAUUGAAAUGUCUACAAUGAAUAAAAAAAAUGGCAGUUCCUCUUCCCCUCUAAGUAGCCAUGGUCAGCCCUCUGUGGAAUCAGCAGAAGAAUUUUGUCCAUCCGUCACAGUGGCCUUGAAAGAACUGCAUGAGCUUCUGGUCAUUAGCUGUAAGCCAACUUCAGAAGGUCCACCUGAAGAUGCUGCCUGUCGGUCAGAGACAGGAGCUGAGAGCCAAACAAGCAUUUUGGACCUUUCAGGAAGGAGGGCCCAAAGAGAGCAUCUGAUCCCCAGUGACCAGUACCCACAAGUCUCCUGUCUUCAGGACACCUCUGAAUCAGAAAAGACAGAAAUCACAGGCACCACACCUUGUACUGGGGCUGGGGUAGAAGAAGAAGCAUCCACUAGCUUCAGAGGUCUGGGUGAUGGCUUGUCAACUGGCAGAGAAGAUGUUCCCAGAUCAACUGAGUCAGUUCGGAAGAGCUGUUCUGUCGCCAUAACCACAGCUAAACCAUCUGAUCAGUUGCAUUGCACCUCAGGUGUAGAAAUUUCACCCAAACUUGCAGCAGGUGGGGAGGGUGCCCAUAGUCAGCCUUCUGAACAUGUGCAGAAUUUAGGCACAGACAGGCCGGAGACCAGCCCUGGAGCAGUGCUGCCCCUCCAUGGAUUGGACCCAUCUGCCACACAGCCCUCAUCUCCUCCCUCCGUUCUUCCACCCUUCAUCUUUCCUGCUGCAGAUGUUGACAGGAUUCUUGGUGCCGGCUUCACUCUGCAGGAAGCCCUCGGGGCUCUUCAUCGAGUUGGUGGGAAUGCAGACCUUGCGCUUCUUGCUUUGCUGGCAAAGAACAUUGUAGUCCCCACGUAAUUGUGGGAGAGUGGGCCAGACCGUGUUCCAGUCCCUCAGAAAGCCCUUCACACAAACACACUCACCACACACACAGUAUAUGUAGAAACCUGCAAGCAAAAUGUUGAGCCAGAUUUUUUUUUUCAGCCAAAGUAAUUUAUGCUCUUUUGUCUGAUGAAUUUGUCUAUUUUACUUGUUGAAAUUUGGGCCUUUUAAAAUGUAUUGGCAGUCUGUGCAUACAAAAGCUUUUAAUUCUCAUUAAGAUGAUGUAACCUGGAAUAAAAUGGAUGGUUUUGUGUAUAGCAUAACAUUUUAAAAAUGAGUGAAUGCUUUGAAAGCAGGAGCCAUGAGGAGCCUGCCACCUGUGCAGCUAGGAACAAAUCAGCUGCCCACUAUGGCUCUGGCUGUGCUAUGUGCAGAAUGUGGCUUGCGACAGGAAACUGGAGAGAAAUUCCGUGACUUCUGGAGUUGUAUGUUUUUAUUUGUGUGCUCAGGGUUAACAUUUAAAUAGGGUGACCGGGAGGGCUUAAAACUUGGGCUGUCUUAUGUAUCAUAGGCUGCUGCAUGGAUUGAUUGCCAAAUACUUCAUGAUGGUGGGUGGGGUGUGGGGGAUUCACGCUAGAGUGAAACCUGGUGCUACUUGUAUUUAAAAAGGGAAGGGGAAAAAACCCUGAUCAUAAUUCCAUUUUUAAAUGUCAAGGACUGUGAGUAAAAGAUAAUCUUAGACAAAACACUGGAAUGUACUGGAGAUAAGGUGUGAGGGCAUCUCACUGACACCCCAACUCUCUGUGGCAAAUGAUGAGUCCAGGUUUAGUUCAUGGGUUGGCUGCCAGGAGCCUACUGACUUUCUAAACUUAUCUGCUAAGAAGUUUGUCCCAUGCUCAGUCUGAGCUCUGAGCUGAGCAAGACAGUGAGGUGGGAGAGCCUUUGUCCCUGUUCCUCUUGGUGCUUGGAUUGGUCAGUCUGUGAGUGUCCUUCAUGACAGUGAAAAUACAACUAAAGUUCUGACUACAGUGGCCUUGGUACAGUUUUCAUCCCUUUCUUUCCUCAGGAGUUUCUUUUCUAAGCAGGAUCUAUGUUUGUGUUUACCACAUUGAAUUAAGAGUGGGGCAGGAUGUGUAGAUAUGUUUAUUGUGGCCUUUUUAGCAUAAGCUCUCACCUUUCAAAUUGCUGUCCUGUGGGCCCCACUGUGCAAUAAUCCCUCCAGACAGGUUUGAAAGCAUCCUUUCCUGGAACAUAAACUGUUGUCUUAGGUGUCUGGCAGGAAUCUUUAAUCUUAAGUUUCUUGAAAAAGAUUUUGAAGAUAAUUCCUGGUUCCAGGUGAGAGUUUGCAGUUUGUUGAAAUUGAUUUUUUGAACUUAGCAUUGACUGAUUUUUGUCUAAAGUCAAUCUCUCUCUCUCUCUCUCUCUCUCUCUGUGUGUGUGUGUGUGUGUGUGUGUGUCUGUCUCUCUUAAAGCUUGUUCUUUCCAUUAAAAUUGAAGUCAUCAAGCACAGAUGGGUUCAUAUCUCAGGAGUUUUUGAAACUUUAGGGGCACUUACAGGGAUUUCUGUUCUCUGGUCCAUUUCUUUUUGCCAUAUUGUUUGUGUGCCGAGACUCUCUUCAGUGACAUAAUGGCAAGUCACAUGGAGUAUCAUGAUCCUUUCUGGAAUUAGGAAAUCGUUGCUGGAGGCCUUGUGGUUUCCUGCUCUCCGUUGGGCACUCAGAACAUCAGGCUAUUCGAGUUAUCUUUGAGAAGUUCUUUGUCUCGGACGAAGAGCUUGUCCACCCUUUACCUAUCCUACACCAAAGAUGCAUGCGUGGUACACUAGGAAACUGCCCACAGGGUUCUGUCACCAACUCAGCUGGGACUGAAACAAGACCACAUAGCUGUACACUGAGACCUGGUAUUUGCUUUAGGGGGACGGGCUGGGCUGUAUUUUAGGGUCACAAAUCUUUAGGGCCACAAGUUGGGGUAGGUAGAAGAAAGCACUGACUCUUCCCAGAAGACUGUCUAAUGUGUGAGCAGAAGUGGUGGCAUCCAUGCCCAGUGGUGCAGCUCUGACUUGAUGGUGUGGAUGUUUGGGAGACAGCCCUAGGUGGAGUGUAGAAUACCAGUCUGAAAAAGAUUGCAUUACGAUAGCUUUUAAUGUAUGUACUUGUAUGUUUAUUUUUAGAAGCAAAUGGAUAGGCCAGUAGUUACACAAAUACUCUUUUUAGGAAUACUUGGAAUGAGUUUGACUCACUUGCCAAAUAUUUUUUCCUUUGGGUUUUAUUUUCAACAUAUAGUUGCUUUUGAUUUUUAAAAUCUGUCAAACAAUAAAUAAAAGGCCAGGCAUGCUGGCAUACCUUUAAUCUUAAAAGGCAGGCAGAUCUCUGAGUUCAAGACCAGCCAGAGGUAUAUUAGUGAUGUUCUGUCUACAAAACAAUCUUUUGUCUAACACUUGUGUAAAGUUAGGAACGGAUUGGCUUAAAUUGAGCAAUUCCAGAACAGAGGACAUUAAGGAACAGCAUACUAGUGGACUCUCAUUGUCAGCUUUCAUUUAGUCGAUAAUUACAGGAGUAAGAUCACCUCGUAGGGAAGCCGAGAGUUCAGUAGGUGAUUACAGCCAUAACAGCAUGGGGCGACUCCUUCACCGAACCCUGUGAGGAGGUGGUCGGUCGGCCCUUCCCUGCAGUAGUUUUCUUCAUUUAUGCACCAAAGAGGAUUUUCUUGUAAAACUCAUGCUGAAGCUGGUGUGUUGUGCAGGGCUUAGUAGCCAGACACUGUGACCGCACCUGGAGACCUGGCCAGUUCCAGAUGAGCUAGUUGAGGCCCCUACACAGCCAGAGCCUUUCCCUGGCACUCUGGGCUGUAGGUAGAUGUUGCUUGGCAAAGGAAGUUUAAGUAGAUGGUGAGCACUGUGUGAGAACUUCGGCGUCAAAGCCGGCUCCCUCUGAGCAUCUCUCCAUGCAGGGAAAGGAAGACAAGGCUCACUGUAUCUAUCCAAAGCAUUUCUCUGGCAAGAGGGCGCCUAGGAAUGGGAUAGGGUACCUGGCAUCAUGGCUUUUAUGACUAGUUUGUGUAGCAUUUGUUUGUUAGUCCCUCUCUACAGCUUUCUAUUUCUAGUGAAAGCCAUAAGAAUUUGUUUCAACUUUUCAGCUCAUGUCUAUAAAUAAAUAUGUAAGCUAUCUCAAAUAUAAGGUUAUUGAUAAAUACUUUACAUAGGUUGGAAAGCAGCUUUUAAUGUCUACAGAUGUCUGCACGUCUGGUGGCUUUUCCUCCUACUAUGUAUAUAAUAAACUGCCUUGCAAAUAGCUGUGCAAGAGUGUCAAGGCAAAUUUUCCUUUAUUGUUUUGUGGGUUAUUUUUUUGGAGACAGGAUCUUGCCAUAGCCCAGGCUGGCCUCAAACUCAUGGCAAUUCUCCUGCCUCAACCUCUAGAACGCUAGGGUUAUAGGUGCAUGCCACCUUGCCCAGCUCACUCAGUGUGUUCAGAUUGCUACCUGUGGUGAGCAUGAACAAUGUGGCUGAACUGACUGGUGUAUCACUAGCAAUACCACAGGGCUUUGGGAAUGUGGCUGGGUAACGCUUCUACAUAGUGUGUGAGGUCCCGGAUUUGAUCCUUACCACCAAAAACUAGUGCAAGCUAGUCUUGGGGUUUAGUGGAGUGUGUGACUGGCUAGAAAGACAGCAGCUAUCAUAAUUUUCCUCCUGGAGGAUGAUGGUGUCUAAUUAGUUAACAAAAUAUAGCAUUUUGUGUUUCCUGCAUUCCCUGAGGGCUGCUACUGAGCCCCUAUGAGUUACAUAACCCGCCUAGUGUUGGUAGAGCCACAGUAAGGACUUUAGGGCAAGCCUUUGAUGUACUUGCUUUUUUUUUGUGCCUUAAUUAUUUUGAAUAGCAGAAGCAUCACAUCUUGGGAGUAUGGGAUAAGGUUGGGCCAGCCCUCCUGGAGAGGGCUUGCCACUGGGUGUGGUCCUUGGCUCAUUGUCUCUUUAAUUUAGUCUUACCCUACAUCAAACAUUAGGUCUCCCCAGAUAGGAGUUUCUGCAUCCUGUGUACCAAAAGUGGUUUCUAGGUGUUUCUUGGGUUUUCUGUUGCACAUUUUGUGCUAUGAUAGGGAGGGAUCGAGUCUUAGUUCUUGAUAGGAAGUUCAUUCCUCCCAUCAAAGCUAUGCAGUAUGAGCAAGAACCCAUCGAUUUGUUCAUCAAACAUUGAGUACCCCUAAAGCCCAGGAGUUGAGCAACAGCUGAACCAGACCAGAGCCUGGCCUUCAAGUCUAGGAGAAACAUGAGGCAAGUUUUAACUAAGACCUGUUUUUACCUAUUGGCAUGCCCCCCCCCCCCGCCAUGCUUUUGUUUUUGAGAAGAGAUUUCCUGUAGCCCAAGCUGGCCUUGAGCUAGCGAUCCUCAAGUGGCUGGGGUUGUGAGCGCAUAGACACCUUCUAUAAUGUCUGGGUAGCAUGCUUUUAUUUUUAAACAUAUAUUUGGUAGCGAGCCCACAAUGGAAUCAAAUGCUGUAAAUCUAGAGUUAGGCUUUAAAAUGGUAAGGUUUUGUUUCUCUCUUUCUUUUUUUUUUUUUUUUUUUUUUUUUUCUUUUCCUUUUUCUACAGUUUUGAGGUAAUGUGGCACAUACCUUUAAGCUAUAAGCGCAAAGCCAGUCAGGGCUACAGUGAGGAACUAUCUCAAAUAAGUAAAAAUAAAACCAACCGCUGUGGAUGCAGUGGGAGGUAGGGUGUUUGCAGAGCUACAAGAAGCCCCCAGCACUGGGCAAGUAGAGUCAAGAGAUCAGAAGUUCAAGGUCAUUCUAGGCUACAUAGUGAAUUUCAGGCCAGCUUAGGUUACAUGAAACCCUGUCUCCCAAGAAAGUGGAAGGAUAGUUACUGCUGUAGCUCAGUGGUAGGACAACUUUUCCUGGCAUGUAUAAGGCCCUGGGUUUUAGCACCCUCUCCCCAAAGCACAGCAAAGAAAAAAGAAUUUUAAAUAAAGAAUUUAGUAGAGCUGAAAGGGUGCUGAGGAAUUGAUGUGGAAUGCUAUUGACCAGAAAGGGACAGGCAGGAUAGAAGUCCAGAUAGUGGAAGAGAGAAGUGAGUUACCUCCUUUCUUCAGGACCUGUGCAACACUAAGAUUGGCGGGUGUGCGCCAUCCUCUGCUGGGCACAGCUGCCCUGGAGUGCUGUUGGGGAGAGCAGAACUUAAGAGGCCUCUGCAGGAUGUGCUAUUUUAAGGCAGCUGAGUGCAGUGCGUAGAAAUGGAAUCCAGAGCAGGAAGAGUAGUUGAGUGAUGAAUGGGACAGGCAGGCAGGGUUACUUUGCAGAACUCUGCCAGCUCCACAAAACAUUCUUCAACCCUCCAUUUAAGGUAGCCCAACGUAUGCAUUCCUAAGUGUAGAAGGAAAGCAGGUUCUUAGUGAUUUCUGAGCUUUACACUUAGGAAAUAUGCUCAGAAGUUAAUCAGUAAUUAGACUCGGAAGUGAGGAGGGGCUUGUGAAAUGUGGAGGCUGCUAAGUUUCAGGAUAACAUCUAGGGAAAUCUACCAAGAAAAUGGCUCAACACAGGAGUUUCCUUAACUGCAGAGUUUGAACCACCAAUCAGGAAAUAUCAUGAAACAGAAGAUCGGAUUGCUUCUUACAGAGUUAUUUCUGAGUAAGCAACUUAAGGAUUUGAUUGGCUAAUUUGAGUAAGGACAUUUUCCCCUCGGCCUGUUGAGAAGAGUUUGGUUGCCGGAAACCCGCAAACUUGAAUGAGUAUGUCUGUGAUCUGCAGAGUAGAUCCCUGUUCCUAACAGGAGCCAGCCAAAUGUGUGUUCACAGAUUCCUCAAGCAGACCUUAUGGCCUGGAAAAGACCAUGGCACCAUACCAUUGUACAGUGCUUAGGCUUCUGGUCUCCCCUGCCUUGGGCCUCCUGUAGUUCUGUCGAGACAUCAAAGGUAUCAGUUGUGUUGAUGGAAUCUGCUCUGCUUGCGCCUUCGAUGAGAAACUAUUUGUGCGUUUGUAUCACAUCUUCUUUUCCGGCAAGUUAGGCUGAUGGCUUCAACCUUCAGCAAAGGUUCAUUCACUGGUUUUCCAGCCACGGCUGGCAGAUCGUAACUGGGAAACCCUCUUUUGCUUCCUGCAGUUGCCCAAGUAUUAUGUGGUUUUCUGGCUUUUCUUAGAGCUUUGACAUUACAUCUUUCGAGGUCCAGUCUGGUUGGCAAAAUCUGCUUGCCAGUGGCCCAGUCAUGCCCAGAUGCUUUGAGAGUUGGGAAAACUCUGAAAACUUAAGAGAGCUGCACUCAGGAAUCCCAGAGCUGGUCGCAUUGUACUUUGGUUAGGACCUGCCUGCAGCUGAACGCACUAGAUGCCUUUGAGUUUGAUUUUUUUUUUCUUUGUCACACUUUGAAAUGUAAGUCAGCCCUGAAUAAUCCAAACACUUUAUUUUAUUUUUCUUCUUUAAUAGGAACUUUCUGAAAAAGACGUGAUGUGUAAAACCUUUGAUAUUUAAGACAAUAAAGUUUUUAUCAUAAGA